GGAAAUCUUGCCCACCCCAAGCUUCUUCUCAUUCUUUCUCUCACACACCAUUUGGAACAAUGUCGCAGAAAUUCCCAGAGGUCCAGGGAGGAGGUUCCUUGAUCAUUGCCUGGCAAGCUAAGAAUAAGCAUAUUCUGGUAGUUGGUGGGGGAGAGGUCGCAGCCGGUCGCAUCCUCCACGCCCUCAAUGCCGACGCCAAAGUGACGGUCGUCUGCCCCGCGGACGGCCUCAAUGACGAGGUCGCCUAUCGCGUCACCCAGGGCCAAGUCACGCACAUCGACCGGACCUUCGAGCCUCAGGAUCUCGACACCGCCGACAUGGUGCUCUGCGCCAUCGACGACCCGGUGGCCUCAACGCGCGUCUGGCAGCUGUGCAAGGAGAAGCGCAUCCCCGCCAACAUCGCCGACGUGCCUCCCGAGUGCGAUUUUUAUUUCGGGAGCAUGCACCGCGAUGGCCCCCUACAGAUCAUGGUCAGCACCAACGGCAACGGACCCCGCCUGGCGAGUAUUGUCCGCAAGAAAAUCGCCAGCACGCUGCCGAAUAAUAUGGGCGCUGCGAUCGAGAACGUUGGCAGGUUGAGGAAGAAGCUGCGCGAGACGGCGCCUAAGGUUGAGGACGGGCCGAAGCGGAUGAAGUGGAUGUCCGCUGUUUGUGAAUCAUGGAGUUUGGAAGAUCUGGUCGAGAUGGAUGAGCGGGAUAUGGAGGGGCUCUUGGCUUUCUAUGAAUCCGGGGAAAUCCCCCCCUUCAAGGAAAUCCGGGCUCAAGCUGGCGGGAAUCAAGAUGCAGGAGCGAAUCUACAGGAUCGGCUCUCUCGCGUUGAUAUCUCUAAAUCCGACUGAGUCCUGUACCUGAAGCUCUAAGGUUUUGGCUUCCGAGAAGCAGCCACAUCGGCCGGACCCGUGGCUAUGCCACGAAAGCUCUGCGGGAGGUCAAAGAGUUAUUGGGUCAAUUCGGCCGGGCGAAUCCAAAGUUCUUGCUUCAGGCUACGUCUGACUGGAGUUGCGCUGCAAAACAAUGGUGGCGAAAGCAAUAUGACUAACCUGCAACGCUUCCAUGGAAAUGGUAUUUUGUACAUACAUAUAUAAAGCUCGCUUGCACAGCUAGGAAGAAUAAUGAUGAAUUUUGG